GGUUUGUGUGAAAACAGCGCCAUCCUGUGGUCGUCACACAAAACAGUAGGCGCUCUUUUAAUCAAAGUCCGAGAAGAAAAGCGUCAGAGAAUAACUGUAGUGAUGCUGUGGCCGUAUUUCUGAGUCGCAGGACGAAGCAGGCGACUCCCAUAUGGCUCAGACUUCCAUACCGAUCAGAUUCAGGCUUUGCCUCGCAAAGCACACCUUUUUCUGCACCUUAUCUCUGAGGGCGUGCCCGAAACGACUCGAGACUGAGAGGCUCACCUGAGAUCAUUACGCCACUGCUGGAAGUGGAAAAUGGGGAAGGCAGGUGGACGAGGGGACUUUGAAUGGAUGUACAACGAACAACCGCACACAUGGAGAAGGAAGGAAAUAUUAGCAAAGUACCCGCAGAUUAAGGCUUUGAUGGGUCCCGACCCUCAGCUGAAGUGGGUUGUGUCAGGAAUGGUACUAACCCAGAUAUUAGCGUGUUACCUGGUCCAUGACCUGUCUUGGAAGUGGGUGGUCUUCUGGGCAUAUGCCUUUGGUGGCUGCAUCAACCACUCCUUGACCUUAGCCAUUCACGACAUCUCUCACAAUGUGGCCUUUGGGAACAAGCAGGCUCGCUGGAAUCGCUGGUUUGCAAUGUUUGCCAACCUUCCCAUUGGCCUGCCUUACUCUGCCUCCUUCAAGAAGUACCACAUCGACCAUCAUCGCUAUCUGGGAGGAGACGGGCUGGAUGUAGACAUCCCUACGGACCUAGAGGGCUGGUUCUUCUGCACACCAAUAAGGAAGGUACUCUGGCUCUUCCUCCAACCCUUCUUCUAUGCGCUGCGGCCUCUGGUGGUGAACCCAAAACCCGUGACCAGACUGGAGAUGAUGAAUGCAGGUAUACAGUUUGCAAUGGACAUUCUCCUCUACUACCUCUGGGGACUCAAGCCCAUAGUGUACCUCAUCGCUGGGUCUAUACUGUGUAUGGGCCUGCAUCCCAUCUCUGGACACUUCAUUGCUGAGCACUACAUGUUCUUGAAGGGCCAUGAGACCUACUCAUACUACGGCCCUCUGAAUUUAAUCACCUUCAACGUGGGAUACCACAUGGAGCACCAUGAUUUCCCCAGCAUUCCGGGUAGUAAAUUACCUGAGGUGAAAAGAAUUGCAGCAGAGUAUUAUGACUCACUACCGCAGCACACCUCCUGGAUACGAGUGCUCUGGGACUUUGUUUUUGACGACAGCAUCGGCCCCUAUGCCAGAAUCAAGCGAGAAUACAAACUGGUCAAACAGGAAUAAACCAUACCCUAGCUCAUUAUUAUCUUAGAGCCGCUAUUUAAACAGAAAAGAAGAUCUGGACAAGCCUGCUGAACUGGUAGCAACACAUGUCUAAACUUUUCUGCCCAAAACCAGGAAAAACAAGUUAAGAACGCACAAUAACUUACACUUUUGGUCAGUUUAACUGACAAACUAAUUCAUAGUCUAACAAACGUAGACUGUGAAUAUAUUCUAAGUAGGGCUGAAGUGAAUUCUGCAUUGAAACUCUAAAAUGCCUUUUCAUUGAUGUUGCCUUGCUGUUUUGAUGUGUAAAAUAUUUUCCAAGAUCUACUAUUUUCUAUUCUAUUAUCCAGCUGUUGUGAUCUGUGACUGUUUUGAAUAAUAAUAUCACCAGAUGUAGGUGAAAACAGGCGCCACACCUGGAUACUUUAAGAUGUGGUGGCAGAAUUAAAAAAUCAUUUCAUGGGUAAUUAAAGCAGAAGUAUGAGUA